GAGGGUGUGUAAACAUUUUUAUUAUUGGGUGUCCUAUAGACCCUUUUAGUGCCAACAUCACGAUUACUUCACGGCGCUAGCUUGCCUGAAGGCAAAACAAAAGGAAAACUGGAGGCAGCCAAUACAAAUCAGCAUAUAGACUGCUACACAAAAAACACAAAUAUUAUUAGUAUGCCUCCAAUUUGGUUGGAAAGUUUGGUAGGGCAUCGGAAUGUGACGCCCUACCUCCCUCUGCAUCUAUGCGCACAAGUGCAGCACACAUCACAGACAGCAUCUUUGAAGAUGCGAUUCGCCGGAUUCAGGACAUCAAAAUAUGUUAUGGCCUUUGUGAUGAGAAGAUGGAAAAUCCUGCUGAAUGUGUUUACUAUGGUCGGGUUCAUCACUUUUUUGAGCUGGUGCAAUUUGCACGUAACCAAAACUCACCAACCGGCAGCCGAUACAAGAAUGCAGUCAGUUAUCAGAUCUGCUCAGAGGACCGGCAUCUCCCAUGAUAUCCUCCUAAAGAGACUGGGAUCACUGGAUGUAGUGUACAGGCAACUCAACGGUUUGUCCAGGUCUCUUGGACUUAUUGAGGGUUUUGGAGGUCGAGGUAGAAGAGGAGUAGCAGCAACACUUUUGCCAACAGAAGAAGAGACGGCCAAAACAUUAAAGGAGAAAUAUGGCUACAAUGCAUUUCUAAGUGACAAAAUCUCUCUGGACAGGACUAUACCAGACUUUCGGCCCAGAAAAUGCAGAGACAUCAUUUAUCCUCAUGACUUACCGCAGAUCUCCAUCAUCUUCAUUUUUGUAAAUGAGGCGUUGUCUGUCAUACUGCGUUCGGUCCAUUCUGCGGUCAAUCACACUCCAGUCCAUCUCUUAAAGGAGAUCAUCUUGGUGGAUGACAACAGUGACGACGAACAGCUGAAAGGACCGCUAGAGGAGUACGUCAACAAACGCUACCCGGGUCUUAUCAAAAUAGUGCGCAACCAGAAGAGAGAAGGGCUCAUCCGUGCUCGCCUUGAGGGCUGGAAAGUGGCCACUGGGGAGGUGAUCGGGAUCUUUGAUGCCCAUGUUGAAUUCACACCUUUAUGGGCUGAACCAGCUCUGUCUAGAAUCAAGGAGGACCAUAAAAGGAUCAUUCUGCCAUCUAUAGAUAACAUUAAUUAUAACACAUUAGAACUGGAACACUAUCAUAACUCCGCCCAUGGAUAUAACUGGGAGCUGUGGUGUAUGUAUAUUAGUCCACACAAACAGUGGUGGAAUGAAGGGGACCCAUGUGCACCCAUCAGGACGCCCGCAAUGAUAGGCUGUUCGUUCGUAGUAAACCGGGAAUAUUUUGAGGAACUGGGACUGUUGGACGAAGGCAUGGAUGUGUAUGGAGGUGAAAAUAUAGAGCUGGGAAUCAGGGUCUGGAUGUGUGGGGGCAGCAUGGAGGUUUUGCCCUGUUCCAGAGUGGCCCACAUAGCUAGAACAAAAAAGCCUUACGACAGUAAUAUCGCUUUGCAUGCCAGGCGAAACGCCCUUCGUGUUGCUGAAGUCUGGAUGGACCAACAUAAAUCUAGUGUCUAUAUAGCAUGGAAUCUUCCGAUGAAGAAUCAUGGCAUUCAUUACGGAGACAUUUCCCAGAGAGUAGCGCUCAGAGAAAGACUUCAGUGUAAAAGCUUUGACUGGUACCUCAACAAUAUCUAUCCACAGAUGAAGAUAUACAACGACACUCUGUUUUAUGGAGAAUUACGCAAUGCCAAUGUGACCCAUCUGUGUGUGGACCAGGGCACAAAGGAAAACAAUUCAGCAAUAUUAUACCCCUGCCACGGCUUGGCGCCUCAGCUGAGCCGCUACACUAAGGAGGGAUAUCUUUACCUGGGUGCUCUGGGAAGCAGUAUUGAAGAGACUCGCUGUUUGGUGGAUGAUACAAUUAACAGCCACCCUCAGCUCCUCAACUGCGAAAUGAUCUCCAGUGUAAGCCCGAAAACUUGGAACUUUGUACAGAAUGGGUCAUUAGUCAACCGAGCCACAGGAAGGUGUCUCGAGGUAAAGCCAGUUAACUUUCAUGUAACGUUAUACUUCGGCUAUGACUUGGUCCUGCGCUCCUGCACUGGCCAGAAGUGGAACAUCAAGAAUACAGUAGAUCUUGAAAAAGGCGAGUAAGCCAAUGGCCCUCGAUAAGACUUCAACAUGGUAAAAAUGUGGACUUUUCGGCAUUCAUCAAGAGUUAAGGAACUUGAAAUGGAUUCAGUUUGGACUCCCACAUGUCAAACUUCAGCCAAAGUAUUUUAUAAAAUGUCAUAAAACUGGGGCCCCACACGGCACUACCCCCCAACUUGAGAACUACUGCUGUAUAUCAGUGUAUGCAUUAUUUGAGUCUAUUUUUAGAUGUAGUACUGUAUAUAUACAAAUUUUGUUACUAUCAUGAGACAAACAUUUAAAAUGCUGGUAAAUCAUUUUUAUUUAUUCCAUUCUAUUUUUAACUAUUUUUGAUAUCAAUUUAAUAUACUUUAUAUGCACUUAGUAAGUAUAAAUGAAGCAUUUUGGUUCCAAAAUGCAAUUAAUUCAUUUUGACUAAUUUGGGUAAAAACGUGUUUUCUAUACCAAGAAAGUGACGAGAUGAAAACCACUAUUUUCUUUUUUAAAACUUUCACAUCACAUCUUUAGGUUAUACAAAUUUUUAAAAUUAAAAUCCAUAAUUUGAUUUUCAAAGAUUUAUUAUAAAAACUGAUAAUUUUUUCCUCAAAAUGCAAUAAAUGCACAACAAUUUAAAAAAGAAUGCUAUAAAUCUUCUGAAUCAAUACAUAAAUGUGCAUUCAUCUUUGUCAUAUUAUAUUCAUUAAGUAUAUAGUGGUAUACACUGAUUAAAAAAAAUAAACAUUAAAUGGCAUAAAUCAAAGCAAUUACUUUGUCAUAUUAAGAACACUGACAUUGCUGGUGUCAUCCUUGGGACGUCAUCACUGUACUUUUUUGACAGCGAUCAGCUGUUAAAUGUUUUGGUCCUGCUUGAUUUUCGUUGACUUUGAGUAAAAUAAUGGAAAGUUUUUCAUAAGAUCCCCUGGGGUCAGUGUUUUAGCAUGACAGAAACUUGAUACUGUCGGAGAACAAGCAACAGCCGGCAUUUUUUCGUCUCCCGAGUGCCUCUUGCGUAAACUAUUAGAUUUCAAUGGCUUACGUUUCUUCCCCGUCACAUAAAACCAUCACAGGUUUAUCAAUUCCAUCAAAAGUAUUAUUUUGUUUUUGUUUGUUUGUUGAUCACGAAGUACAAAGUAGAUUAGGAAAACUAGGACUCAGUGUGUAUUCAACGCGGCACCAUUAUUGUUUACAAUGCGUGGAAUGGUGCGCUGUGAUUUGUUGAGCAGAUUUAUUGCAUUCUGCAGAGAAGGAGGACUGGCGUUUUUCGUGUUUUAGGAAAAAAGGGAGAAAAGAUGACAGAAUAACACCAAAGAUAUGGGAUUUUGCGUAAAAUUAAUAAUUUACUUUUUAAUACUGACCUGAUACAAUACUGAUUUUGCGUUUAUCACGUUUUGGAACCAAACUCUUCAAAUAUACUGCGUUGGCUGAUAUUUACAGUUGUCAGGCUAAAGUGAAUGUAGCGUCAUGCAAAAGUUUUCAUCAUUUUCAAAAUAAAGCUUUUUUUACCUUACUGUAUGUGACAUUACUCUACAUAUAGUUUAAACAUAUGGUUCAUAAUAAUAGAGAGAUUACUAAGUGCACAUUUAAAUAAGCUGUCUGGUCAGAGAAGGUCGUUUAUUUUCUUUCUGCAUUAUGUGCACAGAAAACAUUAUGAUACGUGUGCAGGAAACAAUGUAACAGUAACUAUGGUAACCAUAUUGAGCUGCUAUUAAAUGGUCAUAUUGUUGAAAUGAACCUCAUUCUGAAGCAACACAUGGCCAGUCUGUAGGCGAAGGGAAUAUGUGAUAAUAAUGGACAGGGAUUUGUUACAUAAGAACACUGUUAAUGUGCAGAUGUUACUACAGUUUCUUUAAAUGUACUAUCUUGAUUAUUAUGAAUAAAAUGGUAAAAAAGAGCAUUGUGUUCUGGUGCU